AUGAAUUCCGAACUCGGUGUAGCUACAGAUUGCGGCCCCUCUGACACCUCCGCCUCCGGUGCGGAUACUGAGACGCAGCCCAGCCAGGAACCUGCGCCCCACACACAGCGACGGCGAAGUCAGGUGAAGCGCUCUUGUAGCUUGUGUCAUCGCCGUAAAAUCCGUUGCGAUAAACAGGAGCCAUGUGCGCAGUGUAUCAGAGGUGGCCACACAUGCUUUUAUCCACUUCCGGUCCCGCCGACGCGCCGCGUUCGCAAGACUACCAUCGCCGAUGUGGCCAGCCGUAUCUCCGACCUGGAGAAAACUCUCGUCGCCGUCUCCGGCGAAGUAAGCGCUGCCGCCACCGAUGCUGCUACCUCUACACCAAUGUCAGAGGGGCGCUUUGCAGGGCCACUUGCUUCGAGAUCGGUGCUGUCUAAGCGGGCUAUAACAGCCCCCCUGCAUAGGACAGAGAAGAGUUCUGGUGAGGAGAUCCUUGUACACAAAGGUUCAUCAAACCAGUAUUACUUCAAUGAGGUCCUGAUCUCACGCGUCAUUGAUGAGGAAAAUGAUAUCCAAUCAGUGCUCACAACGCCGAGGAGCGAGGCUUCGCAGCCGACCAUGCCUUCGCCGUUUAAUCCAAUGGGGAUUUUAUCUAGUCCGUGCUUUGAUCAGCCCAUCUCUGCUUUCCACCCUCCCAAGCAGGUGGCCAUGCAAUUGUGGAAGAUUUUCGUAGACUAUAUCGACAUGACCAUCAAGGUCUUACACAUACCCACAGAUGAGAUCCUCGUGUAUACGGCCAUAGAUAAUCCCGAAGCAGCAUCUGCCGAGGUCUUGGCGCUGUGUUACGCUGUGUACUGCAUCUCUGUACUGGCCGUGGAUGAGAACGAGGUUCAAAGCACCCUCUCCGAAGACAAAAUCUCCAGCCUAAAGCGAUUCAAGCUGGGAUUUGAACAGUCGCUUGCACGCGCCGAUUUUCUUGACAAUCCAACGGUGACCUUGUUGAAGGCGUUGUCUAUAUAUUUAGUGGCACUGCGUGUGAACAACCCUGGACGGGGCAUCUGGGCACUGAACGGCCUGGCUAUUCGAAUUUCCCAGUCGAUUGGGCUGCAUAGAGAUGGACAGAAGCUCGGUCUUUCGCCCUUUGAAUCGGAGAUGCGUCGACGUCUCUGGUGGCAUUUCCUUAGUCGAGAUGGACGAGCAUCAGAAGAUUACGGAAUUCAGACCACAACUGGCCUUAGUCCCUUGUCUGAUGCCAGGCUACCUCUAAAUAUUCACGAUGACGACUUGUAUCCCGAGAUGGACGAGCUUCCGCCUGAACGGAAAGGCUUUACGCGUAUGGUUUUCCCUCUCGCCGGCAUUGAACACAUGCGCGCCUGGGCACAGCUUUCAAACAUAGCCGCAUCGUCUCCCGGACCACAUACUGAAGAGGCACGAUUGGGUUUUAUCGAGCCCGUGAAGGAGCGCAUCGGCCAAUACUUGCAGGCAUGCAAUCCUGUCAUCCCGCAGCAACGAGUGGUGUUGAACGUAUCCUCCUUGCUGAUGCGCAAGCUCGAUAUCGUAACGAAACAUCAAUGGCGCACCCUGCAGGAGCCCGGCGCACGUAAGAAUCUCGCGACGGAGGUCGAUCUGGCGGAGGCGGUAGAUUUCAUCGAAGACAGCCUCAAAAUAAGGCUGGACGAGCUUACCAUGCCGUAUCAUCGGUGGUGUAUCCACUCAUUUCCUCAAUAUCACAUGCUAUUGUAUAUUCUCUGGCAUUUGUGCGUGCGGCCAGAGGGACCGAGUGUAGAGAGGGCCUGGGCCGCAGUGAAUACCACGUUCGAUCAAGUACAGACACAGCAACUGGGGCUGGGAAUUGGAUCGAAGUGGCCGGUACUACAGGCGUUGAAGGCGAAGGCGACAGCGAUAAGGCUCAAAGCAAAUGGUGUUGGCGAGGCAGAGCAAGCGACAGCGUAUCUUGCAGCUGAUGAGACAAACGUCAACGGACUCGAUUCCGCACAUGGAGUCAGCGGCGAAGGCAUGGAUUGGAACAGUGAUAUCCAACCUCUUCCGGAUUGGGAUAUGUUGAUACAGGACUUCGACUUGGUCAGUCAUGACUUUACAGAUUAUUUACCGUAG